AUGAAACCACGACUACAACCGCAUUGGCGGCCGUCCUUUGGUACCUUCAGACCCCAUUCACAAAUACGCUUCGCCAGCCGCCUGCGCGCUCGUCUCGAUAUCCCUCCUCCAUUCCCCGUCACGAAAUCAUGUCCCGAACCCAGUUGCGAUUGUCCGCCCACGCCCGCGAUGCCAAAAGGACUCCCGAUUGACUAUGAACAACCAUUGAAUGGAACCAUGGCUGCGUAUGCGCAACAGUUGCUGGUCUGUACCGGGCAGCGGGAUUGGACUAGUCGCAUUGAGGAUGACGGGAAGGAGGAGAGUUGGGGAAAUCUUGCGAGGGGAUUGAAGAAGUUACUUGGGCGUGGUGGUCCUUAUGCUGAUCCAUUCAAUAAUAUCCUUGUUUCAAAUUCCUCAUUGACCGCGUCCUCAUCCUCGUCGUCCGCUUCGGCCUUUCUCUUCCCCAGCUUCAAAUACUUCCCGUCGAUUCCCGUCGACGCCAACGACGCAGCAAAUCCUGGUUUAUCACAAUUCGUCCAAGCCUUCCUCCUCCCUGAGAAACUCCACCCCAUGCAAGAAUCCUCCCUCCCUGAAUCUAAACGCGACCAACUAGUCCGUGUUCCAAACCUAGCAUCUCAGUUUCCCGGCGCAAUCGACAUCCACCAGUCCCCCGUGAUACUCAUCUGCGGCCACCGCGGCCGCGACAUGCGCUGCGGAGUUAUGGCACCAAUCCUGGAAUCCGAAUUCGACCGUAUUCUCUCCGCGCGCGGGUUUUCUACUUCCGUUAGUGAUAGCAAGACAGUCGACAACCCCGAGCACGCCCAUAUCGGACUGAUCAGCCAUGUCGGGGGACACAAGUAUGCUGGGAAUGUAAUCAUCUAUGUUCCACCCAGGAUGAAGAUGCGCGAUGGUGCUUCUAACCCGCUGGCCGGGAAGGGGAUUUGGUAUGGACGUGUUGAACCAAGACAUGUUGAGGGUAUUGUCGAGGAGACUGUUUUUGGGGGGAAGGUGGUUACGGAUCAUUUUCGGGGUGGGAUUGGGAAAGAUGGAGAAAUUUUACGGUUGUAG